AAGACAGGCUUUGGCUCUGUCGCCCAGGCUGAAGUGCAGUACUGGCGGGAUCUCGGCUCACUGCAACCUCCACCUCCUGAGUUCAAGCGAUUCUCCUGCCUCAGCCUCCCGAGUAGCUGGGAUUACAGGCGCCCACCACCACGCACGGCUAAUUUUUGUUGUUGUCGUUGUAUUUUUUGUAAAGAUGAGGUUUCACCAUGUUUUUAAAAGGACUUGGUCUUGAACUCAUAACCAAAAAUACAUAAUAACCUCAAACUCUUGAGCUCAAGUGAUCCCCCUGCCUCGGCCUCCCAAAGUGCUGGGAUUACACUUUGGGAGUGCUGGGCCACGGAGCGCGGCCCAUACGGGAAAACGUCAAAGCCUGACAGGUGUGAUAAAUAAUGCGCCCCUACGCAGGCUGGGGCUGGCGCGUGACUGUGCGCGUGCGCGGGGCGCAGGGUUUUAACACCGCGCGGCCUACCCGGCGGCCCCCGAGGAAGGCGGGACCGGGCCUAGUCCCGCGGUUUGGUCCCGCCAUUGGCGGGCGGUUUGAAUGACGGAAGUGACGGCGGCUCGGCGAUGGCUCUCCCGCAGGCGCAGAAACGGCUGCUGGGCAGCUGAUGGGCAGGAGCUUACCAGGCCGGCUUGCUUUGAGCUGCGGCUACUGUGUCCAGGCUCCGGGUUCUCAGAGCUGUCGUACAUAAAGUACACAGAAAUGAAAAGAAAAGUCGUGAAUGCUCACAAGCUGAGAUUGAGUCCUAAUGAGGAAGCCUUCAUUUUGAAGGAAGAUUAUGAAAGAAGGCGAAAACUAAGAUUGCUACAGGUUCGAGAACAAGAAAGAGAUAUCGCCUUACAGAUAAGAGAAGAUAUAAAACAGAGGAGAAAUCAACAAUUUACACGUUUGGCAGAGGAGCUAAGGGCAGAAUGGGAACAAUCACAAACUCAGAAAAUACAGAACUUGGAAAAACUGUAUUUGGCAAGUUUAAGAAGUAUGGGAGAGGGACAUCGACAGGCCAAAGAAAAUGAACCUGAUUUGGAUGCUUUGGCACAGCAGGCAGCAGAAAGGAAAAGAAAAGCAGAUAUGAGGCAUAAAGAAGCCCUAAAAGUACAGAAAAAUCAAAAAGAAAUAUUAAUGAAACAAAAAACCUGGCAUAUAAAAGCUCGAAAGGAAGCACUGCUUGUGGAAAAAGAGAGAUCAGCGAAAAUUACAAGUCUGCCACCUCCUCCUCCAACUCUUUUUGAGAACAUUGAAGUAAAAAGAAUUUCUGCCGUCAAAACCAAUAGUUCUACCUACCAUCAUCUUCACACUUUUGUGAAUAGAGAGACAGACACAAAACAGCCAGAUGCUCGUUUGGCUGCUGAAGAGCAAGCUAAACGAUUGGAAGAACUACAAAAACAGGCAGCACAAGAGAGAAUGGAACGGUUUGAAAAGGCACAUAUACGGGGAUUCCAAGCAAUGAAGAAGAUCCAUUUGGCUCAAAAUCAGGAGAAACUAAUGAAAGAACUCAAACAGCUACAGCAAGAGGACCUGGCACGUAGGAGACAGACUGUAGCACAAAUGCCGCCACAAUUAGUUGAACUUCCAUACAAACGCAGUGAAAUGAAAGAAGACUGGCAGAGAGAAUUGGAAUUUGCCUUUGAAGAUAUGUACAAUGCAGACAGGAAGGUGAAAGGGAGUCUGAUUCUGCACCUUGAACCAGAGCCCUUGCCCACUGUGACUGAUCAGAUCCAAGAUGAAGAGCUGGACCUUUCAAUAGAACAAGAAAAUUUGGGUGCAGCUGAAGACCUUCCAGUGACAGAAGCUGAAAUAAUAUGUUCUAGUGAAACAGAUGUUCCCUUGGUAAUGAAGACCCAACAGAUUCCUUCAAAAGUUCUUUUUAAAAAAUUAUUAAAUAAGAUCCGAAGCCAAAAAUCUCUCUGGACAAUUAAAUCUAUGUCUGAGGAUGAAAGUGAAAUGAUUACGACUGUUAGUGAAAUUGAGAGUAAAGCACCAACGGUUGAGUCAGGAGCAAUUGCCAGCGAAGAGAGAACGUUAUCCUCUGGGCAGGAACAAGUGCUGUUAUCUAUUACAGUUGUUGAAAGUGAUACACUAACAAUUGAGUCUGGACCACUUGCUAGUGAAGAUAAACCACUUUCGUGUGGUACAAACUCUGGAAAAGAACAAGAAAUAAAUGAGACUCUGCCUGUCACAACUGUAGCUCAGAGUUCAGUUCUACUUCAUCCUCAAGAAGCAGCAGCCAGGAUUAGAAUGUCAGCAAGGCAGAAACAGAUAAUGGAAAUAGAAGAGCAGAAGCAAAAGCAAUUGGAAUUACUUGAACAAAUUGAACAGCAGAAAUUAAGAUUAGAAAGUGACUGCUUCAGGGCUCAGCUGGAAGAAGAAAAAAGAAAAAAAACUCAACCGACUGGGGUUGAUAUUGCUCCAGCAUCAUGCACUGUAAUUUCUGAUGAAGAUAGUCAUAGGCAGAUGAUUCGUAACUAUCAACAUCAGCUUUUACAACAAAACAGGUUACACAGGCAGUCUGUUGAAACAGCCAGGAAACGAUUACUUGAAUAUCAAACUAUGUUAAAAGGAAGGUGUCCAUCGAUGUCAGCUCCAUCAUUGAUAACUGAUUCUGUUAUAUCAGUGCCAUCAUGGAAAUCUGAGAGACCAACUGCUAUAUCAGAGCAUUGGGAUCAAGGUCAGAGACUCAAGUUGAGUCCUAACAAAUACCAACCCAUACAACCUAUACAGACCUCCAAAUUAGAACAAGAUCAUUUUCAGGUAGUGAGACAAAAUCACUUUCCACAAAGACAGGUGGAAACAACAGAAACAUUAGGCGCUUCAGAUAUUUUAACCAAUCAAGCUUUAGAAUCACAAGAACAUCUAAGUCAAUUCUUUCAGACUGAAACACAACAGAGAGACUAUAAAUUGGUCCCCAAAGAUUCUGAGACACUUUCAAGGGCUUUGUCACAUGACAGGCAGCUAAUAUCACAGGAUGCUAGAAAAAUAUCUGAAACAUUUAGGGCAACAACUUUUCAAAGUUUAGAAUCCCAACAAUUGUUCUCAGAGAAUAGUGAAAAUGUAUCUUCCCAUCUAACUGAACCUUCUUCAUUUAUACCACUGGUACCUCAGCAUGCUUUUAGUUCUCUGCCUGUUAAAGUUGAAUCAGGAAAAAUUCAAGAACCCUUUUCAGCCAUGAGCAAAAGUACAGUUUCCACAAGCCAUUCUAUAAUCAGCCAAGUGCAUGAUAGGCGUUUGCUGCCGUCAGAGAAUAUCACAGCCCAGCAAGGUAAUAUGAAGGCCCUCCAAGAACAGUUAGACCUACAGAAGAAAGUUCUUCAGGCAAGACAAGAAGCUCAGGAACAGUUGCUUUUGUGCAAACAGAAAGAAUUGGAACAGCAAACUGGCCUCUCGGUAUUCCUUCCCUUGGUAACUCCAGAUUCAUCUGCUUUAUUGCCUUCUGCCAAAGCAGAUUUGGGGAGAAUCCAGGAAUCUUCACCAACCAAGAAUAAUUCUGCAGUUUCCUCAGACCAUCAUGUGAUCUCACAACUUCAGGAUAGGCUUUUGAGUCUUUCACAGCCUAUCCUAUCACAGCAAAAUAAUUUUAAAUUUCUCCAAGAGCAGUUGAAUAUUCAGAAGGAUAGCCUUCAGGCUAGGCGAGAAGCCCAGGAAGUAUUGUAUGUACAUAAACAGAGUGAAUUGGAAAGAAGAGUAUGUUCUGAACAGGCUGAGCCCUCUUUCCCAUUUCAGGUAGCUCAGCAUACAUUUACUUCACUACCAUCUGCUGAUACAAAAUCUGGAAAAACACAGGAGCAACAUUCAUCUAAGAGCGAGAAAGGACUUGUUUCAUGCCAAUCUGACAUCCCCAAAUCUCAGGAUGGGUCUUUGAGUUUCCUACAGCAGUUCCUACCUCUACAUGAUGGUUUGAAGUUGCUCCAAGAACAGUUGACUAAACAGAGGGAUACUCUUCAGGCUAGGCAUGAAGCUCAGGUGGAAUUACUUUUGCAUAGACAAAGAGAUUUGGGGGACAGUAAGUCUGGGCUGGUGAGCUCUUCAUCCUCACCAGUGGUUGUUCAGCAUUCAGUUGCUUCACAAGCUUCUACUAAAGCUGAGCCUAGGAGAAUUCAGGAGUUUUAUUUAUCUGAGAAGGAGAAUGUAGGUCCCUCCAGUCAUUUGACAAUCCCAACAUUUCAGGAUAAGUCUCUUAGUUUUCCACAGCAUAGCCUGCCACAGCAAGAAAAUUUGACAGUACUCCAAGAACAGUCACAAAUACAAAGGGUAAUACUUGGUGCUAAAGAAGGAACUCAGGAAUUUGUACACACAGAAAGUGAACUGGAGAAAAGAAUUUCUUCUGAACAGACUGGCACCUCCUCAUCCCUUUCCCAGGUGGAUGAAUCUGAGAGAUUCCAAGAAUGUAUAUCAAUCAAGAGUGACAGUACCAUUCCCUUAAGCCAUCCUAAGAUCCCAAGAUGUCAGGAAAGACUUUUGAGAGUUUCACAACGUAUGCUACCUCUACAAGAUAAUUUGGAGGAACACCAAGCAUGGCUAGACACUGAGAAAGAAGCCUUUCAUUUCAGCCAGAAAACCCAAGAAAAUACAUCUUCUGAACAAACUGGCUCAUCUUCAUUCAUACCCCACUUGGUACAGCUUUCAUUUACUUCGUUAGCUUCAGCUGAGUCUGGCACAAUCCUGGAACCUCUUUUUACAGAGAGUGAAAGUAAAAUUUUUUCAAGCCACCUUCAGAUCCCACAAUUGCAGGAUAGACUUUUGAGGAUAUCGCAACUUAUCCAGCCUCAACAAGAUAAUUUGAAGGCACUUCAAGAACAGUUAGCUACACAGAGGGAAGCCAUCAUUCUAGCUAGACAAGAAGCUCGGGAAGAAUUACUUUUACAUCAGAGUGAAUGGGAGGGAAGAAUAUCUCCUGAGCAGGUUGACACCUCUUCCUUACCCCUAGUACCACAGCAUUCAUUGGCCUCAUUACCUCUUACUGAAUCUGAAAGAAACCAAGAACCAUGUUCAAUUAACAGUGAUAAUAUGGUAUCCUCAGGUCACUCAGAGAUAUCAACAUUGCCUGAUGGGCUGUUGGGUUUAUCACAUCUUGUUUUACCUCAACAAGAUAAUUUGAUUGCACUUGAAGAACACUUGCAUGCACAGACAGAUUUCCUUCCUUCUAUUGGGAAAACCCAGAAAGAAUUGGUUUUGUCAAAACCAUGUAAAUUUGAGGAAAAGGUAUCUUCUGAGCAUUUUAUCCAGUCUCACCAUGGUGAUUUGCAGGCACUUCAACAGCAGUUAGAUACACAGAAGAAAGCCAUUCGAUCUAUACAGGAAGUCCAAGAAGAAUUGCUUUUGCAAAGAUUAAGUGAAUUGGAGAAAAGGGUAUCAUCUGAACAAGUUAGCUCCUCUUCCUUCAUAUCCCAGGUGCCUGUUGCUGCCUCUGAAAGAACCCAGAAGUCUUUCCCAACCAAAAGUAAUGAUACUGUUUCCUCAAGUCAUUGUGAGAUUCCAAGAUUACAGGAUAGACUUUUGAGUUUAACACAGCCUAUUCUGCCUCAGCAAGAUAAUAUGACAGCACAAUUGGAUGCACAAAGGGAAGUGAUGUAUUCUUAUGAGAAACCCCAGGAAGAACUUUCUUUAAACAAACAAAGAAAGUUGAACAAAAGUGAAUCUGCUGAGCAUACUAUCCCCUCUUUGUUUCUACCCAAGGAAAUAGAGCAUUCGUUUAUUCCACUACCUUUUGCAGAAGCUAAACCUAAAAGCACUUGUGAAUUGUAUUCAUCCCAGAAUGAACAUGCAGCCCCCCAAAGUGAUCCUGUGAUCCCAGGGUUUCAAGAUAGACUUUUGAGUUUUUCACAGCCUGUCUUAACUCAGCAAGAUAACUUGGGACUUCAGAAGCAGUUGGAUCUACAAAGAGAAGUUCUGCAUUAUAGCCAGAAAGCCCAAGAAAAAUUGCUUGUACAGAGACAAACAGCAUUGCAGCAGCAGAUACAGGAACAUGAAGAGACUUUGAAGGAUUUCUUUAAAGACAGUCAGAUAAGUAAGCCCACAGUUGAAAAUGAUUUAAAAACCCAGAAGAUGGGGCAGCUCAGAGAGUGGUUUCCUAAUACACAAGAUCAAGAAAAUAUUAGGCAUGCAGAUAGGAACAACUCUGAUGAUAAUCAUUUGGCUUCAGAAGAUACUAGUGCCAAGCAAAGUGGUGAGCAUCUGGAAAAAGAUCUGGGGAGAAGAUCCUCAAAGCCACCUGUAGCAAAAGUCAAAUGUGGUUUGGACUUAAACCAGCAUGAACUUAGUGCUAUACAAGAAGUAGAGUCACCAGCAAGUGGCAGAACUUCUAUACUAGGUAAACCAGGUAUUUAUCAAGACAGAGACCCCCUGAGAGUCUCAAUAAGCCGAGAACAAAGUUUCUUUGGGAGCCCACUGGCCUGUGAUCCGUUUAGUUGUCUUCAACCAGUUGGCCAAGAGAAUGUCUGUGGUGAUGACUAUGAUGAAGCAGUUAAGCUGAAGGAAUCUGUUGAAAAUCAUGCAGUGUUAAGUUAUGCUGUGGAGGAAGAACAUACAUAUUUGGGUCCAACUGUGAAGCCAGAUGAUAAGGCUAAAACACUGUCUCACGAACCAUUAUCUUCAGUAACUGUUUCCACUGGGAGCCUUUUAAGUUAUGAAAACACGGAUUUGAGCCUUACAGAUCCAGAGUCAUUUUCAGAGCACAUGGAUGAUAGCAAGCAAGAAUCUACCACCAGUAAAGAAGAGGAAACAAAUAUUAUAAGUUCCAUAGUUCCUUCAACACAAGAUAUUUAUCAGCGGCAGAACUCUUCAGACGUUCAUAAAUCUCUGUUGCCUGCAGUGGAUGAAACUAAAUGUGGUCACACACACUUUCGGCAAAUGAUAGACAAGUACAUUAAUGAAGCAAAUUUGAUACCUGAAAAAACAGAUUUGCAGGUUGACCUUGACUUUCCAGAAUUGGAACACAUUUUUCCUAAUUUGCAUCGUCAGCUGUUUAAACCCUUAGAACCACAUCCAGAUUUUGACUUAUCAUCAUCAUCCUCUGGGAUUUCUCCAGACAACAGAGACUUUUACCAGAGAUCAGAUUCUUCAUCUGAAAGCCACCAUGCUACUGGAUCAUCCAAAAGUACAGUUUAUUUCACAGCGCUGAGGACGACCAGUGUGCAUUCUUCUCUUAACACAAGCCCGAAUCAACAACCUGACACGAACUUGGCUCAUGUUGGAGCUCACAGUUUUGCUACAGAAAAUAUUAUUGGGGGAUCUGAACAAUGUUUUGAACAGCUUCAGCCAGAAUAUUCUUCACAGGAGGAGAGCCAGCAUGCUGAUCUGCCAAGUAUUUUUAGCAUUGAAGCAAGAGGUUCUUCCCAAGGCGUGAAAAAUCAGAACUAUCCCUCUGAAGAACAUACUGAAAUAUUACAAAACAAGAAAAAAAGUGUUCAUUUCCAGCUUUCUGUAGGAAACUUAAGUUCAGUCUACAGUUCAUCUGAUGAAGCUAAUGUAUUUGAUCAGUUAAAUGUACAGCAUAGCACUCCAUGUGGUUCUAACUCUAGUGAGUGCUCAACAAAACACCAACUAGAAAGCAAAAAGGAAAGUAUGGGCUUUGAAGAACUACCAAAAAGAGGGGUUGUUACAAUGUUACAAAGUCAAGGACUCAUUGAAGAUAAUAAAAAUGAAACUUGUAGGGUUUUAGACAUAAAUCCACAGGUAGAGGAAAUUGACUCUCGAUUAUGUGUAAGAACAGUGGAGAUGGGCACUUCAAUUCAGGCACCAUAUUCCUUAACUACUCAAAAUGAAAAAUAUUUUGAGAAUUCAGCUAAAACAGACAUUCCAAAAAUCACCAAAAAACUAUCUCAACUAGGAGAAUCAGAGCUUUUUGCAAGUUCCGGAUCAUUUUCAUUACAGAGCUCUAUACCAGUGUGGGAAACAGAAAUUGGCCAUGGUAUAAUGGAAGAACCAGAACUUACUUUAGUAAGCACCACUGAUACCAUUAUUGCUGAAAUGGAUUUUGCAAAUUUAACCCUAGAAGAGAAGAGCGAGAGUGAAGCAAAAAGCUUCUUUGAGGUGAGUGAGUUUCUGCCUCUUGCAUCAGCAACAGAAGCCUCAGAUUAUCCAGCUGUAUCAGAACUUUCCAUAGAAAAACCAAGGACAGCAUCUACAGCAGAAACCCCUCGAAGGCUUACCCCUAUACCAGGGAGCUUACAAGAAGCAUUUAUAAAGAGGAAAAAAUCAUUUAUGGAAAGAUCCCACCAGAGGCAGAAAGAAAUAAGGAAUAAAAUUCAUGUCUCUGAAAAUUCUCAAAUCAAAACAGUUAAAGAGAAACCAUCUAUAAGUUCAUCUGUGAGUCAUCUAAAGGGCGUGAAUAAAGUCAGAGCAUCUUUUCCUGAAGACAGAAAGACUACACAGGCUCUAAGGCACCAAAGGGGUCUAAGGUUAUACAAUCAACUAGCUGAAGUGAAACAACAAAAGGAAGAAAAAGCAAAACAAGAAGCUUAUGCCCAAAACAGAGCAAGGGCAAAAGAAUUCCAUAAGAAAACACUAGAGAAACUUCGAAUCAAAAAUACAUGCUGACUUUCUAGAAACAGUGUAAAGGUUUUUUUUUUAAUUGUGCAUAUGUAGCAUUAGACAAAAUUAUUUAAAGUCAAUAAAUUUUUAUUCAAGGAA